AUGAACCUGGAGAUAGGAGAUGAGAAACUGAGGCCUGAGCUACUAAAUGGUGGGGGCAGAAUUAAAAACCAGGACCAGCUUUUAGAUGAGUCCACUGAUGAACACAUCCUGACCAAUUCAUUUUAUUCAACGUCUAGGGGGGUGGUGGUUGUUUGUGACUGGAAUUUGGAGAAAAGUGGUGUCUCAAGGAAAAAUGACAUAGAUUUAAAAGGAAUUGUAUUUGUCAUCCAGAGUCAAAGUAAUUCUUUUCACGCGAAGAGAGCAGAACAGUUAAAAAAAAGCAUCUUAAAGCAAGCAGCAAAUCUUACACAGGAACUUCCCAGAGUCCUUCUUCUUCAUCAGCUGUCUAAGCAGGAAGGUGCAUGGACCAUACUUCCAUUGUUACCACACUUUUCUGUAACAUAUAGCAGAAAUUCAUCAUGGAUUUUCUUCUGUGAAGAGGAGACAAGAAUACAAAUUCCAGAACUCUUAGAAACACUCAGAAGAUAUGACCCAUCAAAGGAAUGGUUUUUAGGAAAAGCAUUACAUGAUGAAGAAUCUACAAUAAUUCACCAUUAUGCCUUUUCUGAAAAUCCUACAAUUUUUAAAUAUCCAGACUUUGCUGCUGGCUGGGCCCUUAGUAUUCCACUUGUAAACAAGCUUACCAAGAGGUUAAAGAGUGAAUCCCUGAAAUCCGACUUUACGAUAGAUUUAAAACAUGAGAUUGCCCUCUACAUCUGGGACAAAGGCGAUGGGCCUCCCCUCACUCCAGUGCCUGAGUUCUGUACAGAUGCUGUGGACUCCUACUGUGCCACCACAUUCCAUUCUUUUCUACCACUUUGUGGAAAUCCGGUGAAGAAAGAGGAUAUAUUUUUUGCAGUAAAAACAUGCAAGAAAUUUCAUGGUGAUAGAAUCCCCAUUGUAAAGCAGACCUGGGCGGACCAGGCAAGUGUCAUUGAAUACUACAGUGAUCACGCAGAAAGUUCCAUUCCUACAGUAGAUCUGGGGAUUCCCAAUACAGAUAGAGGUCAUUGUGGAAAGACAUUUGCCAUUUUGGAAAAAUUUCUGAAUCACAGCCAUGACAAAAUAGCAUGGUUGGUCGUUGUGGAUGAUGAUACAUUAAUAAGCAUCUCCAGGCUCCAGCACUUGCUUAGCUGUUAUGACUCCAGCGAACCAGUGUUUCUGGGAGAGCGGUACGGCUACGGCCUGGGCACUGGCGGCUACAGCUACAUCACGGGAGGAGGAGGAAUGGUCUUCAGCAGAGAAGCAAUCAGGAGACUUCUCGCCAGUAAAUGUCGCUGCUACAGCCAUGAUGCCCCCGACGAUAUGGUCCUAGGAAUGUGCUUUAGUGGGUUGGGAAUCCCUGUGACACACAGCCCUCUCUUCCAUCAGGCUCGGCCUGUGGAUUAUCCCAGGGACUACCUUUCUCACCAAGUUCCCGUAUCCUUUCACAAACACUGGAACAUCGAUCCAGUAAAAGUGUAUUUCACGUGGUUGGCACCCAGGGAGGAAGACAAAGCCAGGCAGGAGACAAAGAAAGGCCUUAAGGAAGAGUUAUAAAACGUGCCGGCCUGUGAGCACAGUUUGGGUCAGAGACAGAAGUGGAGACUGGCCUAGUCCUGCUGAGCUGUGAUCAUUACUGCUUCCGUGUGCCACCCGGCAUUGGAAGCCUUCUGACUUUAGGUGGAAAUUAUGUAUGUGGUAUUUUUUGAGGGGGGAGGAAGCAGAGUCAUAGGGAAAACAGAUUUUUUUUUCUGGGAAAAAAAUCAUUUGCUUUUGCAUUAUGCAGUUACUGUAAUAUACCACGAUUACUGUGUUUUUUUCAAGCUGUGAUACAGCAGCUUUAUUAAUAAAUGGUACCAGAAGUCUCCUUCCUGUUUUCUCUCUUCAUUAUAAAGUGUCAGAUGGGCUUGAGACUGAGAAGACAUGACUGUGUUUAUAUAUAUGCUCUAGACAUAUAUAUAUAUAUAUAUAUAUAUAUAUAUUCUCCAUAUACUAUAUAUAUACACACACACACUUCAUAUAGAACAGGCAACAUCUGUUGACAUGGAUAUUACCACAGUGUGAACUUUUUAACCAUAUUAUUGAUGAUGAAAAUUAUUUUCUGGUUAUUCAGUAGGAAUAAUGCUGUAUUAAAUAUCAUUCAUAAAACAUCAUAAAAGUCGAGAUAUGAAGUCCCCUGUAGUCUAUAAUCAGGGUUGUUAUGUUUUAUCUAUUUUUCUCUUUGUGUCUCAUAAACAGAGAGUAAGAAGUCUUCUGCUAGAGUUUUCUACUUCUUCAGAGGUUCAUCUGUGUUCUAUUUCUCCCCGAAGCCCUAUCUU